ACCAAGUCCGCUCUUUUGGCUCCUGCGCCACCGCUGUGCCGCCGCGGAACCCGUAGGACUGCUUAAAGUCGCCGCGCGCCCCCAGCGCUCGCGUCUGUAAAACCGCGCUGAGCCGCGCCGCGCACCAGGCCAGCAAGCUCAGUCGAGGUCGCUGCGCCCGCGAGCGCCGCCGACGCGCGCCGCCUGAGCCGCCGCGAGCGCGCGCGCGGAUCAGAGCAAAAAACCAAAAAAAUGGCCGCCGCCGCGACCGCCCCCGCCGCCAUGGACGUCGACGUCAAGGAGCCGCGGCCCAAGGACGAGGAGCUCAUGCCCCAACCUAAAUCAGCAAUACCAGAAGGUGAUUUAUAUGCGUUGUUCAAGCAGAAGGAGGGCGAAUUAGCGUUCCUAGAUGUGCAGGAGCGCUACGUCAAGGACGAGAUCAAGAACCUCAAAAGAGAACUUAUAAGGGCCAAAGAGGAAGUAGCAAGGAUCCAAUCUGUACCAUUGGUCAUCGGCCAGUUCAACGAGAUGGUCGACGGGACCUAUAGUAUUGCUUCUUCUACUGCUGGGUCCGUUUAUUAUGUACGAGUACUAUCCACUCUAGACAGAGAAAAGCUCAAGCCGAAUUCCUCUGUAGCUUUGCAUAGACACUCGCAUAGUGUGGUAGACGUGUUGCCGCCCGAGUCCGAUUCUACCGUACAACUCAUGCUGGAAAAACCGAAAGUGUCCUACAAGGACAUCGGCGGCCUCGACGUGCAGAAGCAGGAGAUGCGCGAGGCCGUCGAAUUGCCUUUGACGCAGUUCGAGUUGUAUAGGCAGAUCGGCAUCGAUCCGCCGCGAGGCGUGCUCAUGUACGGGCCGCCCGGAACCGGGAAGACGAUGAUGGCGAAAGCAGUGGCGAACUCCACGACAGCAUCAUUUAUAUCGGUGGUCGGUAGCGAGUUCGUCCAGAAGUACCUGGGCGAGGGGCCGCGCAUGGUCCGCGACGUCUUUAGAUUAGCGCGGGAGAACGCGCCGGCCAUCGUUUUUAUUGAUGAGAUCGACGCGAUCGCUACCAAACGCUUCGACGCGCAGACGGGCGCGGAUCGGGAGGUCCAGCGCAUCUUGCUUGAAUUACUAAACCAGAUGGACGGGUUUGAUCAAGCGACGAACGUGAAAGUGAUCAUGGCCACCAAUAGGGCGGAUACCUUGGAUCCCGCACUGCUCCGACCGGGGCGGUUGGACCGGAAGAUCGAGUUCCCGCCGCCGGAUCGAAGGCAGAAGCGCCUGGUGCUGCAGGCAUGCACGGCGAACAUGAACCUCGCGGACAGUGUAGACCUCGAGGACUACGUGAACCGGCCGGAGCGCGUCUCGGCGGCGGACUGUUCGGCCAUCGCGAACGAGGCCGGUUUACAUGCGGUGCGCGAGAACCGCUACGUCGUCCUGCCCAAAGAUUUGGACGCGGCGUACAAGAAGCACGUGAACAAGGCCUCGACGGACUUCGCGUUCUACACGGCCUAGGUUUUCGGGCGC